UCCUCUCCUUCCACCACCCCCUCCCUCCACGCGCCCCGCAUCCUCUGCCUCCACGGCGGCGGCGUCAACUCCUCCAUCUUCCGCACGCAAUGCCGCGCUCUAAUCAAACACCUCCCCCACUUCCGCCUCGUCUUCGCCGACGGGCCCUGGUUCUGCUCCGCCGGCCCCGGAAUUUUCCCCGUCUACGCCGACUGCGGACCUUUUCGGCGAUGGCUGCGCUGGACACCCGAUCAUCCGCCUAUUGACGACGAAGCGGCUGUGGAGGAGAUUUUGUACGAGAUUGAGAGGUGUCAACGUGAGGAUACGGAACGUCAUGGCGCGACGGGGGAGUGGGUGGGUUUGUUGGGGUUUAGUCAGGGUGCGAAGGUUGCGGCUAGUUUGGCGUUUGAUGAGCAGAUUAGGAGGGAGAGGGGGAUUGGGAGGGGAGAGGGAGAAGAAGAAAAAGAAGAUGGGAGGACGACGACGAAUAAUUAUCGAUUUGCGGUGUUGAUGGCGGGGAGGAAUCCGCUCGUGAGUUUGGGAGAAUAUAGUAAAGACCCCGCAUUGGUGUCUGCGGGCCAAAUGAGUGAAGGGUUUGAGUAUGAGGGCAUCUCUCCGCAUAUCUUGCGCUUGCCGACGUUGCAUGUGCAUGGGUUGAUGGAUGAAGGGUUGCAUCUGCAUCGAAAGUUGUUGCGCCAGUAUUGUGAUCCCCAGACGGCGGAUGUGAUCGAGUGGGAUGGUGGGCAUCGGAUCCCGAUCAAGUGGGAGGAUGUGAAGCCGAUCACGGAGUGGAUUUAUAGGACUGCAAGACGGGAAGGGGUUGUGAUUGAU